AUGGCAGCUAUUCCUAUCAUUGUUAAGCAUGCCGGCAAGCGUCACGAAGUCGAGCUCGACCCUACCUCCAAUGGCGAGACCUUGAAGUACCAACUCUUCUCCCUUACCGGCGUCGAGCCCGAUCGCCAAAAGGUUCUGGUCAAAGGUGGCCAACUCAAAGAUGAGACGCCUCUUUCCUCCCUCAAUGCCAAACCCGGGCAGAUGUUUAUGAUGAUGGGCACGCCAUCCGGAGGUCAGGGUGCUGCUGAUCUUGGUCGACCAAAAGAAGCCAUCAAGUUUUUGGAAGACAUGACUGCGGCCGAGGUGGCCAAACAAGAGGGUGCUACUCCUGCCGGUUUGCAGAAUCUGGGAAACACAUGCUAUCUCAACUCAACUCUACAAACUUUGCGCAGUGUGCCAGAGCUCCAGCAGGAGCUGCUCAAAUACCGCCCAACCGAAGGUGCUGGCCAGUCUGGUCUGUCAGACCUCAGCAGCUUUGGUCUUGGUGGUCUUGGCGGCUCCCGGGAUUUGGCCGCUUCACUACGAGACUUGUUCAAGCAGAUGUCUGAGACACAGGAAGGUAUUCCUCCUCUGAUGUUCCUCAACGCUCUCCGAUCAGUCUUCCCUCAAUUCGCCCAGCGUGACCGCAAUGGGCAAGGAUACGCACAGCAGGACGCCGAAGAAGCCUUCUCUCAGAUCAUGAACCAGCUGCGAGCCAAGUUGACCAUCACCGACGGAGAGGGAGAGACCUCCACAAAGACCUCGUUCGUCGACAAAUAUCUUGCCGGCCAAUUUGAAUCCGUCACUGAGUGCGAGGAUCCAGCUGCGAAGGAACUUGGUGAGCAGCCCAGUCAAAGCUCAGAUGUUUUCUAUAAGUUGGAUUGCCACAUCGGAAAGGAAACCAACCACCUUCAGGAUGGAAUUCUAGCUGGUCUGGAGGAGGAAAUUGAAAAGAACUCCCCUCUUUUGGAGCGCAACUCGGUGUACAAGAAGCGGUCUCGCAUUGCGCGACUACCAAAGUACCUGACUGUUCAUUUUGUGCGAUUCUUCUGGAAGCGUGAGACACAGAAGAAGGCCAAGAUCAUGCGCAAGGUUACGUUCCCAGCUGAGUUGGAUGUGGUGGAAUUCUGCACUGAGGACCUCCGCAAGCAACUCAUUCCUGUCCGUGACAAGGUCCGUGAGAUUCGCAAGGAGGAGGAAGACGUUGAGCGAGCACAGAAGCGUCAACGCAUCGCGGAAGAGCGCGCCGAGCGCCAAAGCAAAGAAACCGACUUGGGUUCCAACGUUGAGCCGAUGCAGAAGAAGCAGGCUACUGAGGAGAACAAAGCUAAGGCCAACGACAAGGACGGUGAUACUCAGAUGGAGGAAACUUUCAAGACCGACGCCGAAUAUGAGGCAGAGAGAACGGAAUCGAUCCGCGUUGCUAAGAAAGAACUCCAAGAGCUCCUCACCCAAAGGGGCGCUGCAGACAACGGAACCAACCAGUCUGGCUUGUAUGAGCUUCGUGCCGUGAUCACUCACCAGGGUGCCAGUGCUGACAGUGGUCACUACACUGCUUAUGUCAAGAAGCAAGAGCGUGAUGAGCCUCAAACCGGCAACAAGCGCCGCGAGCAGGAUGACAAGUGGUGGUGGUUCAACGAUGACACAGUGACAGAGGUGGAGGCACAGAAAAUCGAAACCCUCUCCGGUGGUGAAUCUCACUCCGCCUUGAUUUGUCUCUACCGUGCUAUUGAUCUACCUACAUCUGAGUGA